GAAAAACUAAUUUUAUUAUUAAAAGAAGUUGGUCCGAGAAAAUAUACAAUUCAACGAUCCCUAAUUUUCUAUAUCUCCACCAGCCAAAGAAAAUUCCAACUCGCACAAAACAACGAUGGCAUCAACAAUCUCUCGCAGACUGGCAUCCAAGUUCUUAAACCCUAAAUCUUCAUCUGCUCUGUUUUCACUCUAUCAUCCCACUUUCUUAAACCCUAAUCAUUCCCAUAAAUUUAUCUCAAAUGUCACAACUUUUAAUCACCAAUCAUCAUUUCCAACAAUACCCAUCUCCCCAAAUCACACUUUACUUAAAUCGAUCAUCACUUUAAACCCUAAUUUCAAAACCCCUAAUUUUUAUGAAACCCCAAGAUUCUUAUCAACCAACACUCCCCAACCUAAUCCUGAAGAAACCCAGGAACCAAAUGAGAAACCCAAGAAAACCCUUGAAGAUUUUAAGCAUCAAGAAAUCACAGGUCCAACUGUUGAACGUGAUGUUUCUGCACUUGCUAACGAAACCCGCCAAGUGCUCGAUGAAAUGUCUAAGACAGUUUUCACAGUUAGUAAAAGUUUAGCUCUUUUGGGGUUGUUUCAGUUGGGUUUAGGAGCUUGGAUUUCGUAUGUGACUACGUCGAAUCCGAUCCCAGAAGUGUCUGUGCAGAGCUGUUUGGCUUUCGGGUUGCCUUUUUCUCUGUCAUUUAUGUUGAGAAGGUCGUUGAAACCCAUAACAUUCUUUAGGAAAAUGGAGGAGCAAGGCAGGUUGCAGAUUCUGACUCUUACAUUGCAAGUUGCUAAGAAUUUGAAUGUGUUCUUUGCACGGUUGAAUGUGGUUUCGUAUUUGUGUAUUGGUGUUGCUUCUCUUGGAUUGCUUGUUAUUGCCUUGUAUUGAUAGAUUGUCUUUAAAGUUUUUGGCAUAUAAAAUUGCAGUCUUUCAGAUGAUAAUAUUUCAUAGAAAGAAUCCUCGGUACUAUAGUUGAAUUUGAACACCAUAGUUUUCUAUAAUAAAUUUGAUUCGGGUUUU